AUGGCGGUCAACCCUUGGUUCAGGCUGCUGUUCUACGGCAUGCUCGGAUUUUCAUACGAAAUUAUUUUUACUUCGCUGUGGGACUUUGUAGCGUCAGAUUUUACCAACUUCAAAUUUGUUGGCUACUCUUCUAUCUGGUCCUUCUUUAUUUAUGGAACGUGCAGCUUUUGUGGAGAGCAAGUCUACCUACACACAAGAAAACGCUUAUCGACUCUCUUACGAGGUCUUAUCUACCUUCAAAUGGCGUACACGUGGGAAUUUAUUGGUGGCCUCAUUUUGAAUCAAUUUUCCGCGCGUACCUGGGACUACACUCACUACAAGUAUGACGUAAUGGGGUUGAUCGCGUUGGAGUAUGCGCCCUUAUGGUUUUUCAGCGGUCUUCUCCAAGAAUAUUUCUACGAAUAUUUGACUCAGUCACUGCAGUUUUCAGCCAAUAAUAAUGUAGAGUCAAAAGAGGGGACACUGAACUUUAAAACCAACAAUUGUAACAAUAAGGUCGAUUGA